AUGCGUGUCGAUGGAGCGAUCCCGCCGCUGCCGUCCAACGACUGCAUCAGAUUGGUUUCCUUCAACAUCAACGGGUACAGGACAUUGAACCACUACCAUCCGUGGAACGAGCUGCCGGCGUUGUCCGACAUCUUCAACUACCUCAACGCCGACGUCGUCACGUUCCAGGAGCUCAAGCUGCAGCGCCAGGACAUCACGCGCUCUCUAGUCAGCGGCAAGGGCUUCCACUACUUCAUCACCCUCCCGAAAACGAAGAGAGGGUACAGCGGCGUUGGGGUGUUUGUGAAGAACUCCAGGCAGGAUCUCCAGGUCCUCAGGGCAGAAGAGGGGAUCACCGGCUUUUUGGAGGUCUCCACAGACUCGACGCUGAACUACAGGAAAAUCUGGGAACGCGAUGGACCCUCCGGCUUAGCGAUCGGCGGAUACACAGACAACAUCGCCGACUGGAAGGAGGGAUACCAACUGGACUCGGAUGGGAGGUGUGUCAUCGUCGAGUUGAAUAACAACAUCGUUAUUUUCUCCGUCUACUGCCCUGCAAACUCCAUGGGAGAAGAAGAGGGCGAGGUCCGACGGUGUCUUUUCUUGGACGUCCUCUUCAAGCGUGCAGAAAACCUGCAAAAGAUGGGUAAGCGCGUAGUCAUCAUGGGAGACGUCAACGUGGCGCCGAGUUUGAUAGACCGGGACGACGUCAUGAACACUGGUUUCCGGGAUAAAACUCUCUUCAGGCAGAAAGACCCGGCCGGAUCGUUCGAGAAGGAGAACAAAAAGAUGACUCUGCAGUUCAGGUCAGAAACGCUUCCACGAAUGAUUUUGAACGACUACCUCUAUGACUACAAUGAGUUCGACAAAAUCAAAAACACGAAGAAGAUCUUGUAUGAUUUGGGCAGGUUGCAGAACCUAAACCGACUCAAAAUGUACACCUGUUGGAACACACUCAAAAAUACGCGACCGCUGAACAUUGGCUCAAGGAUCGACUUGUUCCUUGCUACAAAAGAUGUCAAGGACAUUGUCGAAGCUUGCGACAUCUGGUCUUUUUUAUAUGGAUCGGACCACUGUCCCAUUUUUUGUGAUUUGAACAUUGGCAAAUUGCCCCCAUCCAACACGCAGAUU